UGCAAAUUCCCGGCGAUCAUCUGUAUUGAUGUUUAUAUUGUCACUGGUUCUAAUUUCCUAUCAAACAAACAUCUUCAAGAAAGAUUGAUGUUAAAGUCAAUGAUUUAACAUUGAAAAUGCAAUCUAAUAUUUUCCAACAAUCAAAAAUAACAUUCCACAAAAAUAUGGAUUAAUAUAAAAUUUACCAAUAUGGCUUACUUUCAUUUUCGCUGCGGAGAUCGCGUGACACUGCAGAAUGAGAAUUGUACUGCAGUGAGAACAAAUUAUGAGAGCAAUUUUGAUCAUGGUGUUGUCAUCACUGCAGAACCAAUUCCAAAUGAUGUCCUCUUUGAAAUAAAGAUAGAUAAGAAGGCAAAUAACUGGUCAGGGGGUGUAGUAAUUGGUGUCACUGAAGUCCAACCAUCCCUCUUUGAUUUUCCACAUUGUGCUACAAGACUUAAUCAUAGUGCAUGGUUGAUGUCUGGAUACUCCCUGGUAAAGAAUGGCAUCACAAUUGUUGAAAACUAUGGUCAAAACUUAGACAACCUCAAUCAAGAUGAAAGAGUAGGCCUAAUAAAGACCUCUGAAGGUGAUUUAAUAUUCUUGAUCAAUGGAGAGUCACAAGGCGUUGCCUUUGAAGGUUUACCAUCUGUAGUAUACGGCGUGGUCGACUUGUACGGUAAUUGCGUCCAAGUUACAAUCGCCAGCCCCGUCCAACGCGAGCACAAUAACGAUGACUGCAUGAGUGGCAGCUCGGUACUAGCUAUCGAAAAUGACAACUUAAAUGUCACUCUGGGAGCAGAUAUCAGCGAGUUGAGUUUGAGUAGUAGUAAUAGUCUUGACAUACGCAUGGACAUGAACGUCAGCUUGACUCUACCUGAAGAAAUUCCGCGCAAACUCUGCUUUCACGAGCGAUGCGGAUCUUUAAUAAAAUUAUCAAACGAACAACGCACUGCGGAACGCCGCAGACCUCUGGAUGAAUUCAACAAUGGCGUCGUGAUGACUCACCGGCCAUUACGAGAUGCAGAAUUAUUCGAAAUCAGAAUCGAUCGUUUAGUUGAUAAGUGGAGCGGAAGUAUAGAAAUGGGUAUAACAACUCACAACCCUGCAACCCUGGUAUUCCCUGCAACAAUGACCAACAUGCGAAGCGGUACCAUUAUGAUGUCAGGUUGCGGUAUUCUCACAAAUGGUAAAGGUACCCGACGUGAGUACGGCGAUUUUAAUUUGGAUGAAUUGAGUGAAGGUGAUCGUGUGGGCAUGAUGCGCAAAGUAAACGGUAAUCUUCACUAUUUCAUCAACGGAAUGGAUCAGGGAAUUGCCGCACAAUGUGUCCCACAAUGCGUGUGGGGUGUAAUAGACUUAUACGGAAUGACAAUCAAAGUAUCCAUCGUUGAGAGGGACGAACGCGAAGAGCAAAAUUUAAUGACCCGGCGUAAUACCCGCGACCAACAACUGCAAAUCCCCGAAAGUAAACCCCCAACAGACUAUUACGACCGUCUAACAUUUCAUCCAAACUGUGGGAGUCAUGCCCAGGUGGUAAACAAUGGUAGGACUGCUCAUAGACCAAACGCAGCUGAUGAUUUCAACAAUGGCGUGGUGCUCACAACCCGCCCAUUGAAAUCCGAAGAAAUGUUUGAAAUACGCUUGGAUAGGGUUGUCACCAAAUGGGCUGGGAGUAUAGAAAUUGGUGUGACCACUCACAGUCCAACUGAUUUAGAAUUCCCGUUUACCAUGACCAAUGUCAGGUCUGGGACUUGGAUGAUGACAGGAAGUGGUAUCAUGCACAAUGGUAUCACUGUCCAGGAACAAUACGGAGUGAAUUUAGAUAGGUUACAAGUCGGUGAUAGGGUUGGUGUUAUCCGCAAAAACAACGGGUAUCUAAACUUUUAUGUUAAUGGAGUUGAUCAAGGUAUGGCUUCAUCAAAUGUCCCUGAACGCGUGUAUGGUGUGAUUGAUUUGUAUGGUCAAGCUGUAGAAGCAACAAUUGUCGAUGUAUAUGACUAUGGUUCUCCUGAUACCAUGAAUUCAAGUGUUUCUAAUACUACUUUAUACAGUGAUCUAAGGUUUCAUCAUGUCCACGGUCGUAAUGCGAUGAUUAUCAACAAUGGGUUGACAGCAUGGAGACCACAACCUUUAGCUGAGUUUAAUGGUGGUAUUGUAUUCUCAAGCAGACCUUUAAGAGAGGGUGAAGUGUUUGAGAUUACUAUUGAUAGCAUGGUUGACCGCUGGUCAGGGAGUAUUGAAUUAGGUGUCACUGCGGUGCGUCCUGAUGAGAUUGACCUACCUAGUACUGCUACAGAUCUAGGUAGAGAUACCUGGAUGUUAAGCGGUUGUUCAGUCAUAGAAAACGGUGUGACUAUCAAGUCUAGUUAUCCAUGUGAUUUGGAUACGCUUGAAGUAAACGCGAGGAUUGGUGUGAUGCAGACAGCGGAUCGUGCGAUUGAAUUUUUCAAAGAUGGCGUAUCACAAGGUACUGCUUGUGUGGUACCCCAGGGUAAUCUUUACGCUGUGGUUGAUUUAUAUGGUCAAUGUGCACAAGUUAGUAUUGCUUGUGCUAGUCCAGUCGCUGCGACUCCUGCGGUGUCCGCGGUGAUGGAAAGUUGUCAACGAUCGGAAACUUCUGCAUCACUGCAGGCUGCUAGUGUUGUACAAGCUACAUCGGAGUUGGAUAUUCAUCAGUUUUAUGAAUGUCCGUCAAAGGCCUAUGUUUUAUCUGAUGAGCGUAGAAUUGCAACCAGGGCAAAAGAUGUUCUUCAAUCAGUGGUUUACAGCGCUACUCAACUCUGUCAAGAUGAAAUUUUUGAAGUUUCUCUUGAAGGUUUACAGCCACACCUUGCUGGGACACUGUGUUUUGGAGUGACGCCUACACCUCCAUCGCCGAAUACAUUGUCAUUACCACCUGAUACAGCGUAUAUUACAGGAAAUGAAUUGAUUUAUAAAAAUCAAGUCCAACAGAUUUUCGCACCAUCUUUACAAUGGUUGCGGGUGGGUGAUAGAGUUGGCAUUGUUCGCACACCGGAUUCUAGUCUGAAAACUUUUGUCAAUGGAGAAGAACUUCCGGUGAUCUUUCCAAGACUUCCGGAUGUUUUGUAUGUUGUUAUUGACAUGCGUGGGAGUUGUUCGAGUGUCCAGGUUGUAUCAAGACGUAUGACUAUUUCAUCACCGAUAGCAAGUAUUCGACUGCAGGAUAGUUUAGAAUUGAUGGUAGACCAGGAAACUGGAGUUAUAACAACUGGAAUAGUCAUAGAACCUGUUAUAAACGAAGAAGUAGAGGAUCCAACCGAAGACCAUGAUUUACAACCUGAUAAAAUUCAUCAUUCGCCAAUACCCGAGUUGGUUAAAUAUGAAUUCCAUGAUAAUCAUGGUAGGAAUAUUGAAAUAACCAACAGGAGUGUCGCUAGACGAGUUGCAAGCUACAACCAAGGUGUUGUAUUGGUCCAACCUGCUUUGAGAUACAAUCAAGGUGUACAUGUGACUAUUGAACAAGUCGAUAAGAAUUGGUCAUCUUCUUUGAUGCUUGGAGUAGUCUGUGGUCUGCCAGAAAGAUUGACAUUACCAGGAACACUUCUCUCUUUUAAAGGAUCAUGUUGUAUUCUUGCUCAUGAUUGGAUUUCUAUCAAUGGAGUAAAAACCAGAUCAAAUUAUGCGCAAAGACUACAAGGUUUAUCCAUUGGGGAUACAGUAGGUGUUGUCUUAACAGAAGAUGGGUUACAACUUGUAAUCAACAAUCACCCCGAAGAGAUUGUUCAAUGGAUUCCACGGCCAGGUCUUGGAGCGUACGCUGUGUUUGAUUUGUAUGGACAAUGCACACAGGUUAAGAUACAACAUGAAGAAGACGAGGAAGAAAAAGUUGUAGAAGUUGUAGACUUUGAAAAAGCAGAUUUGGAAGCGUGUGAGAAAGAAAGAUCAAGUCUUACCUUACCAUUGACGUCGUGCACGAGCAGUAACAUUCCAGUUAUGACUAAUUCUGCAACAGCAACAAACACAAGUGCUGGAGGAGUAAUGGUCACUUCUGGAAAUGCUGUUUCCUUCGCGAAAAUAUCCAUCACACCUUUAACACCUACUAAACAACCACCAUGUCAGUAUUUAUUGGAGUGUUGCAAGUUUAAGAAGAGUUUGCUUCUGCCUGAUGAAUAUUUCACAACUGACGAGCCGACUUGUUAUUGCACGAAUUGCUACAGAACUAAAUCACUUGACGUUGAAGCGUUAAAGGACGAAUCUCUGAUAGGUUGGGUUAAAUUCCCAUUGAAGAAUCUCAGAAAUUUAUCAACUGAUAAAUGGCACACUGCUUAUUAUCCCUCGAAACUUGGAACAAUUCGUUGUAUCUUAGACAAAGGACAAUUAUUAACCAAAGAACAAAUGCAAUACUGUAACCUGAUUGGUCAAAGACACGAUGACAUCCAAGUGGUCUUCAGUCCAUCAAUGCAGCACUGUCUUCAGGAACCAUUCAAAAUUGAACCUGGAAAGGAAGCACUGGGUGCGUUCCAGGUUGUGGUCAAACCAGGCGCUUACUCCGUUGCGAGGGACAGUCCCGAAUGGAGCACCAAAGAAACAGGAGCGAUUUCAUUACAAGCUCUCUUGCUACAGUUAAGAACCAUUUAAAAGAAUCAUGUAGACAAAUUCAUAUCAUUUCAUAUAAAUGUAUUUAUUUCAUACACAUCUACGAGAUUAAUUCCAAAAAAUAUUAACGCUUUGAAAACAAUUAUUUGGAAAAGUGUUGAAUGUGAUAAUCGGUAAAUUCUAAUCGAAGUACGAGUACGAGAGUUGAAUGAUGACAUUAUACUGUAUAUCAUGUUUUAUUUGCGAAUAUAACUAAUCAAAGUUUAA